ACGCCCGAGCCCGCGCUCGCAGUUUCAGCGACUGGGGAAGGGAGUUGAGGAAGGAGUUGGGGUCCGAGUGUGGGCAGUCCGGGUGCAGCCAGACCGAGCUGGGUCGGGCAUCCAGGUAAUAAUUUCAAGAUGCCCGGACGUUCCAGUUCCAGUUCAGGUUCAACUGGUUUUAUAUCCUUCAGUGGUAUAGAAUCUGCUCUCUCCUCUUUGAAAGACUUCCAGUCCUGUAUCAGCUCUGGAAUGGAAACAGCUUCUAGUGUUGCCUUUGAUCUCGUGGAAACUCAGACUGAAGUGAGUAGUGAAUACAGUAUGGACAAGGCAAUGGUUGAAUUGGCCAUGAUGGAUCGGGAACUAAGCCAUUAUGUAAAGGCUGUUCAAUCUGCAAUAAGUCAUGUAAAAGAAGAACGUCCAGAAAAAGUACCAGAUCUAAAAUUAUUAGUGGAGAAGAAAUUUUUGGCUUUACAGAAUAAGAAUUGUGAUGCAGACUUUCAAAAUAAUGCAAAAUUUGUACAGUUUAAACAACAGCUGAAAGAACUAAAGAAGCAAUAUGGUCUUCAAGCCGACAGAGAGGCUGAUGGAACAGAAGGAGUUGAUGAAGAUAUGAUUGUAACCCAAAGUCAGACCAACUUCAUCUGCCCCAUUACACAGGUGGAAAUGAAGAGGCCGGUGAAAAAUAAAGUGUGUGGCCACACCUAUGAGGAGGAAGCCAUUGUGCGCAUGAUUGAGUCCAAGCACAGGCGGAAGAAAAAGGCCUGUUGCCCCAAAAUUGGCUGUAGCCACACGGAUGUGAGAAUGUCUGAUCUCAUCCAGGAUGAAGCACUCAGAAGGGCCAUUGAGAGCCACAACAAGAAGAAAAAUCGUCCAUCCGAGUAGGAAAAGCACACCUCCCUGCAGGGAUGUCCGCAGCCUACCUCCUACCCCAGCCGCCUGGAGACAGCAGUGUUUCUCAGAGCACCUUGACUGGCUGCAUAGCGUACUUUGUUGGGGUAAAACUUGAGAGUUUUAAGUGUAAUUGGAAGCCUUUUUCUAUGUCACAGCAAAAAUCCAAGCAUAUGAUAUUGUUUAUUUUUGAGUGUUCUAUAAUUUUAAAUAAAACUUUGAUUAUCUGCA